GCUUACAAAUUAGGUAUGGUUGGCCCAAAGUAUGUCUGGUUAUUGUCAGGUGAAUUAGCUGGCGAUUGGUUUUCACCAAAGAUUUUUCAUAAAUACUACGAGAAAACUGUUGAUUGUAAUCUCAGACAAAUUAUUGAAGCAGCGGAUAGAUUCAUUGCGUUCACUCAAAUGCCCAUACGCCAAGAUAAUAAUGAAACGCUCUCUGGUUUGGUAAGAGGUUUUUAA